AUGGCUGCAGGUACCUUGAGUCUCUUCUGGGGCUUCGAACUUUACCAUCACGAUGAUCUGACCUUUGAUCCCAAGCGCCCGAGGGGAGCUUUCAACUCCUACACUGCCUUCCGGAAGCGUGUUGAGGAGGGAAGUGCUGUGAGAGCCAGUCACUUAGAGACUCCAUCCUUCAAGAUGGCUGCCGUACAUUGGAGCCGUGGAGAUGCCGAGGUGCCCAGCCUGCAAAAAGUCAUGGGCUCCGCGUAUCGCGCAGAUCUGGAUCCUGGAGAAGAGCAGGAUCCGCGAGCCGAAAUCCGCUGGGUUGGUGGAGAGACUGCGGCUUUGCAACGCGUGCAGCAAUAUCUCUGGGACGAGGAUUCUUUAGGCCUGGACUAUGUGGGUGCCACCAUGACUAUGGACCCAGCCAAAAGCUGCAUGCGUGACAGGGCCAUGUCCAAGUUUUCACCCUGGCUGGCGCAUGGCUGCCUUUCUCCCAGGAAGUUGUAUGAAGAAGUGAAGCGUUACGAGCGGGAGAGAAGGAAGAACAAGUCCACCUACUGGAUCACUCACGAGUUGCUCUGGCGGGACUUUGUUCGCUUCGGCAGUAUCUAUGCAGGGACGUCCAUCUUCCUCAUCGGAGGUCCUCAGAACGUGCGGCCGAAGUGGUCCUGGUCCAGCGAUCGCGAGCGCCUCAAUAGGUGGAUCGAGGGAGAGACGGGCUUCCCCUUCAUUGAUUGCUUCAUGCGUGAGCUGAAAGCCACGGGCUACUGUAAUCACAUGGGCAGAGAGACCGCAGGCUGGUUCUUGAUCGCAGACCUGGGUCUCGACUGGAGAAUGGCCGCGGUGUGGUUUGAGUCCGUCCUGAUCGACUACGAACCCACCGCGAAUUGGUACAACUGGACCUAUCGCUGUCUCCCAGCUGCGUCCAAGGUGCCGAUCGAUCGCCUGAGCUCAGUGGAAAUCCUGAAAUGGGGUACGCAGCACGACCCGGAUGCCACGUACAUCAAGCGUUGGAUCCCGUCACUGUCCUCCCUUCCCGGCACCGUGGCGCGGGAGCCCUGGCGCCUGGGCCUCAACGACAGCGACGGAGGAGUUGCCUCGGACGGGCUGCGGGCGCUGCCGAAAUCGGGGCAGUUUAGCGUGUCGCAGGGGCCGCUGGAGGCGUUGAUAUCUAUGGGCUUUGAUCAAAAAGAUGCGGCCAUGGCUUUGUACCAAACCUGGGAGGAUGCGGAUGCGGCUGCAGCCUUGCUACUGUCCCGGAACGGAGCUAGCGAGGCCAAGAUGGACUCAGACGAUGACGACUUGGCGCGUGCCGUGGCUCUGUCGCUGGGCGAAAACCCCGAGGCGUCCGGGCCGGUGUCGCCACCGCAGCAGGGUUUUCGCUAUGGCGUGGACUAUCCCAAACCUAUGAUUCAGCCAGUGUCACUGAUGAACACCGAGCAAGCCGAGGACGAGGCGCGGCAACAUCAGAGUCGCAGGGAUCAGCAGAUCGCAGCCUCCAAGAGGCAGAAAGGCAGUGGUGGGCAGAGUUUUCAGAAACCCAACUAG